AUGGAGCAAGCGGUAGCACGCACCGUUCACGCCACAAAGUUGGUAAAGGAAGUGCCCGCCGUAUCUGGACAGCGCAACUUCAACUUGUACGAUGCAUAUGCAGAUGAAUGCAUGGCAAGGGGCAACAUAAUCGUCACCCUUUCAUGUCUCGCCCGGUUUCUUGGCGUUGCAGCUGACGAUUUUGACUUUGUCCGCGACCACAGGCUGGCUGCCGUUGUCCAUUUUGAAUGUCACGUUCUUGAUCAAGAAGGUCCAGACCUCGUCGCAGAAUCUGUACGUAUCAAGACUUCCCUGCAAUCCGGUCUCUCGUCAGUAGCACUUCUCGUAUCUCUCAAUGCCAGGGCCUCUGACCUUGAACUGCAGCCGGCUCUUCACAUUCUUCUGCAGCGUCUCGGUGAUAGCUUGGUCAAAGUUGCCCAGAAUCUUCAUCGCGAGCUGCGGGUUGAUGCGUUCGUCGCUGAUGAGGUCGUCGAGCGUGUCUGUCAGUGCGAGCCCGAUGCUGAGAGGGGUGACUGGCUGAAGCUUUGGCACAACCGGCCCAUCACCCUUGCCCAGCCAACAUACCGACGCAGACAGACGACCGGUUUCCUCCUCCCCGAAGCACUCCCUAAGCCACCGCCGUCAGUCACGAUGAGCCUCAAGUAUGGACUGGGCGUCGUCGCAUCAUUCUUGGUCAUUGUGGCAUUCUACAUGCUCUUGACUGGCAACGGCGAGUCCUUCAACUUCGGCGCCUUUCUUGAAUCCGUCUCUCCCUAUGCCUGGGCCGAUUUGGGCAUUGCUCUGUGCAUUGGCCUCUCGGUUGUCGGCGCGGCAUGGGGCAUAUUCAUCACCGGAUCGUCCAUUCUCGGCGCUGGCGUCAAGGCUCCGCGCAUCCGAACGAAGAACCUCAUCUCAAUCAUCUUCUGCGAGGUCGUCGCCAUCUACGGCGUCAUCAUGUCCAUCGUCUUUUCCUCCAAGCUCGACCCUGUCGAUGGCCCUGCCGCCUAUUCUGCCAACGCCUUCUACACCGGCUACGCCCUGUUUUGGUCCGGCCUGACCGUUGGCUUCUGCAACCUUGUCUGUGGCGUGGCUGUGGGCAUCAAUGGCAGCGGUGCCGCCCUAGCAGAUGCUGCUGACCCCUCUCUCUUCGUCAAGAUCCUUGUCAUUGAGAUUUUCAGCUCAGUUCUCGGCCUCUUUGGCCUCAUCAUUGGCCUGCUUGUGUCUGGCAAGUCCGAGCCGUUUGGUGCCACGGCGUAG